UAGUUUCGUUGGCGGUUACUCUGCUCUUUAUAAAGCUGCAGAAUGGAAAAAUUAAUUCGUGUUUCCAACUCCCUGAGGGGGAAAAAAUUAAUUGUUUUCAGUGGGGAUUAUUUAGGGUUCUUGGAUUCAGUUAAAAGGAAGUUUGAUGUUGCUGCAGAUGUCGAAAUCAAUUUGUUCGACGAUCAAGGUGCUGAAAUUGAAGAGGAAGUGUUCCCUAUUUUAAUUCGACAACAGGACACGCCCAACAUUGUGUUUACUCUUAUUGGAGAAAUACAAACUGAGCUUACUUUUGAGGAAAACGGAAGCAUUAACUCUCCGAUGAUUUAUUGUCAAACUUCUCAAGUUAAUUCACCUCCUCUUCUUUUGUCAACUAAAAAUACAAUUGAAAGUGGAUUUAAGCAGAUAUUUGAGGAAUUUGUACAAGGUGACGAGGAAUUACAACGUUUGGUCACUGACUGCAAUGAAAAAACCUUUGUCGACACAUCCACGGGGAAUAUUUUAAUAAAAUCAUUUGUUAAUAAAUUAAUUGAGCUAAAAGGGAAUUCACCGUCAACAGCUGACCAGAAAUUACUUGCUCAUACUGUAAUUUCAAUCUUACCUUGCUGGAAGUAUGCAGCGUCAGAAAACGGAAUUGAUAUACUUUAUGAUGAGGGUAACCGUUCCGGACUUAUCCAAGCUCGGCUAAGAACAAUACAUCGCCAUCUAAAUGAAACGAAGCAGCCAAAAUCAAAACGCGUUUGCAAAAAUCAAAACGCUGUAUCAAAUUCGGAUGUAGAAGAAUCCUUUGUAGAUAACGAAGAAAUAAUUGCCAAACUUAAUUCUACACCCAUUAAAGAUGAAGAAGAGUUGAAGAGACUGGCGUUGGAGACACUCGCUCACCGUAAUUAUUUACGGCUCAGAAGUGACUCAUCCAUUCUAAAAAUUUACAGAAAAUUCCAGGAAUGGAAGUCUAUGAUCAAUUUUGAGUUUUCUCAACUCCACCCUGAGCAAAGCGAUAACUUCUUAAAAUCUUGGCCGACCUGGGUAGACAAAAUAUUACAAAGGGCCGGCAGUAUCAAAAAGUCUCCUGCGCUUAUAAGAUUUCUUGCACAGGGCUGUGGGGAAUGGGAUUUUUCAAUUGGUGCGCUGUUUACAUUACUCCAUUUGAUUCCGCCAACAGCACAAGGACAAGGGAAGGCAAAUCAUUGUACUUUGGAUGGUGCAAAAACAAAAUUAAUUAAUUUCUUCAAGGCCGGGACUCCAUUGCAAUCUAUCUUGGAUACUUGGAAAGCCGAAUUGAAGCAGCCAAAUCUAGUUUGUUUAGGAGUUGAUAAGAAAAAUUUGUCAAGCUUUUUCAUCGCAUGUGACGGUCAGCUGCUUCCAAUUGCAUCCAAAAAUUCCACCGAAGCUAUUGACAUUCUCUUCAAAAGCCAUUAUGUAUUUGGGACGGAGUACGACAUCAGUUUAAGGGGUCUAUGGAAAUUUAUUCAAGUUUACAUUUAUGGAUUGGAGACGGAUGCCGAAAAUCUGCCUCGUAAUGUGAAACAGGUUUUUAACCAGCUUAAUUAAGAGUACAUAUUUCAAAAUGUUCAAUUGCACCUUA